AUGGAUAGCUCUGUAGUUAACAAGCGUAUAAAUACAAAUCCCAUAAAUUCUGAGACUCCAUGCAAAGUUAAAAAAAUUGAUGAUCAGAAUGUGCAAACACCAGAUUUACAACAAAUGCAACAAUCUCAUCACGGUCUUUCUUCAUUAAGUUUAUCACAAUCAAUAGAUAACAAAAUGAGUAAUAUAGCUAAAUUGAGACAACAAUUUGUAGAAGAAGUAAAAAGUAUUGAAUUAUCCCAAAAGGAGUCAAUCAAGAGUUUGAAACAAAAAAUUAUUGAUGCCAAUCAAAAAGUAAAAAUUUUUACUACAAAACUCAAAGAAGCAAAUGAAUAUCUAUGUAAUCAAAGUGAGAUUAUUUACAAGAAAGAAGAAGAAAAUAAAGUCUUAAGAGACAAAGUGGCAGAAUUAUUUGGAUAUCAAAAAAUACUUUAUGAGAACAUGGAAGCUAUUACAAACAUCCUUUCUACCCAUGAAGGUCUUUCCAAUGACUUAGCAAACGAAUAUGAUCAUGUCAUGAUAAUACAAGACAAUGAUACUACAACUUUAGAAGAAAAUCUCAGAAAAUUAAUUCCUGAUGAAAAACUUUUAACAGAAUUAGAUGAAUUAAACUUAAAAAUUAAUGAAUUGGAAAGAGAAAUUAUUGAAUAUGAAACUAAAGGUUCUCAAUUAGAAUCUAUACUACAAGAAAUUAGAAUUGAAAAAGAAAAUGAACAAAAGCAUAUUGACGAACUUGAUAGAAAAAUCAGUGAACUUGAAGCAAAAAAUAAUACCAUCAAAGAAAAUGCUUCUCAUGAGAAAAGUAAACUACUCAAUGAUGUACAGAAGCUAGAUCAAGAAAUCAAUGAACAGGUGUUAAAAAAACAAGAAUUCCAAACACAAAACAGCGAACUAAAACAAAAAAUUGAAAUAAAUAAAUGCAAAGAACAAAAAAUUAUGAAACAAAUAGCAGAAGCAAAUACAGAACUGAAUGUACUUGUAUUAGAGACUGCAAAUUUGAAUAUAGCCAAGAGCAAAAAUGAACAAAAAAAUAAAGACAAAGUAGAUAAAUUAAAAAAAGAAUUGAAUGCUAAACAAACUGAUUUGGUAAUAACUAAAAAUAGUCAUAUGCAAGCUAUUAAUAUUUUACAGAAGAAAAUUUCUGAAUUACAACAAAAAUGUAAAUGUUACGAUGGCGUCGAAUUUAAAUUACAAAAAGUCGAGACGGAAAUUUCUAAGGAAGAAGAGUUACAUUUAAAUACAAUAAAAUCCCAUGAUGAGCAUAAAAAACAGCUUGCAGAUAAAAUUAAAUGUGUAACUGAGAAAAUGAAUGAUAGUAAAUUGAAGUUAAGUAGAACAGAACGAGAUAUUUCUGAAGCUGAGGGAAAAAUACGUUUAUUAGAGAAGGAAAUAAGAGAAAUUAAUGAAAAAUAUGAAACUAGAUUAAAAUUAUCUGAAGCAAGUACAGAAAAAUUAUUGUUAUCUCAGAGUUUUAAACAAUAUGAAUUGCCAAACCUUUUUAUGUCAGAGGCAUUAGGUCAAACAGACAAACAAAAGUACAGGAAAAAACUUUUUACUCCUACUUUGGCAGACAAUGAUUUAGACAUUGACUCAUUAACACUUGAAGAACAAGUUACACAUUUGACUCAGGUACCCGCUUCUUCUCCAGAGAAAACUCGAAAAUUUUUUAAACAUGUAGCUUCUUCCCAACCAAAAGCUAAAAAAGAAAAUACUCCAAAAGGCAGAGGAAGAGGUAAGAAGCUCUAAAAGUAUUCCAUAUUUAACAUUAUACAGAUCAUUAUACGCAAACAAAAUUUAUGGAAUAUCUAAGACAAGUUUUAUUUUUGGUUUAUGAAGGGUUUA